AUGUCGACUUCCACCGAACCCACCCUUUCAAAAGAACUCGUUUCCUCUGACGAAGAAGACUCAGAUGUCUCAGACACCGAAGACGUCUACACCCCACCCGCCGGCUUCACCCCCCUCGACACUAAAACCAAGUCCCUCCUCUCCGCAUCUACACUAAAAGACAAAGAAGUAUGGCUCUUUAAAGUCCCCGCCGGUACGAAAAUGUCCGAGAUCAAAUCCCUGGCUGUGUCGGCCAAGACGAAGCGGAUAGGUGGGGAGGUCGAGGUGGGGGGAAAGAGGUGGAGUGUGAAGGAGGAUGUUAAGGAGGAGGCGGAGUUCAAGCUCAUUGCUCCUACGGAUAAGGGCUACACUGUUGCACACGAGCCCAAAUUCUCCAAAACGAUCACGAUGACCGAAGCUGUCGACCUACCAAAAAUUCAAUACCCAGAAGGUGAUCUUUCGGUCCCCAAAAAGGUCCAACCCGAAGGAAUGAGAAUGCGAUUCUUGCCGAUUGGGUUCGGGAAGGGUGAUCCGGGAGUUAUGGGUGAUUUCGAGGGAGAGGAGAGGGAUGGAGAUGUUGAGAUGGAGGAUGCGCCGAAAGCUAAGAAGGCGAAGACGGAGGAGAAGAAGAGUAAGAAGGAUGGGGAGAAGAAGGAGAAGAAGGCUAAGAAGGAGAAGAAGUCUAAAGCAUGA